AUGUCCAUGACAGUACGCCGCUUUAUCUUAAUAGCAGGAUUUCUGGCCUCUUGUUCUGCGGCAUUAUCCAGAGAUAAGAAGGGUGAGGAGGCAGAAUGUUACACACAGUCUCAUUCGACCUCAUCUAUAUUCCAAUCUACUGUGUACUCUAUGGGAUGUCGUUCAACGUCGUUAUGCAAUGCCCUUGCUGGAGGCGGAGCGGGAGCGGUGGGACGAAAAAGAAACACACGUCAACUGAAUACCAAUUGCAACCAGUGCUGUAGAACAAAUAACUGUAAUAGAAAUUUGUGUGGAGGGUCAGGUACUACUAAUCCAACGGUGUCCACAUCUAGUCCUACAUAUGUUCGUUUGGUCGGAGGAUCCAAUGCUUAUGAGGGGCGUGUUGAAGUUUUCCAUAAUGGUAUAUUCGGCUCAAUUUGUGAUGAUGGCUGGGGUGGACAUGAAGCCCAGGUUAUCUGCGGUAUGCUGGGAUAUAGCAGGAGCGGAUCUGGCGGAGCACAAGGAGCAGUUUUCGGUGGAGCUCCACUAUAUGCCAAGAUAUUUAUGGACGAAGUAAAUUGUACAGGAACAGAAGCAAGCAUUGACCAGUGUCACUUUAAUGGAUGGGGGGUUCACGACUGUGGACAUGACGAAGACGCAGGGGUUAUCUGUAACUCAGCCAGUCAAGAAGAUAACAUCAUUUUUCUGCUGGAUACCGGACUUGGUGGAGUGAUUUUCAGAAUGGACCUAAACACCCAGAGUUAUGUGCCCAUUCCUAUGAACAAUUUAUAUACCCCCACAGCUUUUGAUUAUGAUCCCACAGAAGGAAGGAUUUACUUUGUGGAUUACAAACUCAGACAGCUGAUGAGCGUACAUUUCAGCGGAACUGACGUCAGAGAACUUAAACAACUAGAUGCAAAUGCUGAUUUAGAGAAAAUUCAGGUCGAUCCGAUCAACCGAAGGCUUUUCUACGCAGACACUGGAAACAAUCUUAUUGGAACCAUUAAUUUAGAUGGCACUGGAUACAAAGUUAUUGUGAAUCAGAGUUUGGAUGAACCACGUGACUUGGCUCUUGUUCCCGCCACUCAAACAAUAUACUGGACAGACUGGGGGAAAAGUCCAAAGAUCGAGAAAGCCAAUUAUGACGGAGGAAACAGGCAAACUCUCGCAACAACCAAUUUGAAAUGGCCAAACGGUCUAGCAUAUGAUUAUCAAGAGAAUAGGCUUUAUUUCGUGGAUGCUGGUACGCAUAAAAUUGAAGCAAUGCAGCCGGACGGAAGUAGCCGUACCGUCCUUUUAACCGACACAGCUGCUCACUUCUUCGCUUUGUCGCCUUAUAAACAGUACCUUUAUUACACCGACUGGAACCAACAUACGGUAAUGAGAGUCAAUAAGGAUGGUACUGGUAAGACCAAUGUCGGACCUACCGGUUUCCGGCAGUUAGCGGACAUUAGGGUCCACAAGUACGGAUACGGAAUGCCAGGUGUGGUUACACCCUCGCCCAUUGUAGUAGACGAAAGCCAUAUUUUUGUUCGACUCGUGGGUAAGGGGGAGCAUUACGAAGGCCUGGUAGAGGUUUACAUUAACGGAGAAUGGGGGACAAUUUGUGACGACAUGUGGGACGAAAGAGAGGCCAAGGUCGUCUGUGAAAUGUUGGGAUUUGGAAAGACCGGAGCGAAGGCCGUUUCUCGAGCCUACUAUGGGACAGACAACUCCGUUAUCAUUUUCCUUGAUGAUGUCAAUUGUACAGGCGAGGAGUCCCACAUCGCUCAGUGCACUAAGAUUGGAGACUGGGGUCUUCACAACUGCCGCCAUAACGAGGACGCAGGGGUUAACUGUACAUUCAAUGCAGCCACUAUUCGAGACUUUGUGUUGGUGGCCGAUUCUUAUAUCCAGGAGAUUUACAGAAUGGACUUGGAGAGUGGUAGUUAUUCUGCUAUCCCGCAGUACUCUGUGAACACUCCUAUAGCAAUAGACUACAACCCGGUGACUCACACGGUCUUCUACACAGACGUAGGCCUUCAUCGCAUUAAAAGCACCAGUUUAGAUGGAACCAACGAAAAAAUACUUAAACAGCUUAAUUCUGUUGCUGUUCCAGAUGGUCUAACUAUAGAUGUACAGAACCGAUUGUUAUUCUAUACCGACACCGGAAAUGACGUCAUAGUGAAAAUGGGCUUGGAUGGUUCAAAUGUGGUUAAUGUUACCAAUACAAAUCUGGAUGAACCCCGAGCUGUGACCCUGGAUGUUGCCAAUCAAGUUGUUUACUGGACGGAUUGGGGAGCUCAUCCAAAGAUUGAAAAGGCUAACUACGACGGAUCUAAUCGACAAACUUUGGUCGACAGCGGACUGAAAUAUCCUAAUGGACUAGUAUAUGACGCAACCACCAACAAGUUAUUUUUGUGCGAUGCUGGCACAAACAAGAUAGAGAAGAUGGACACGAAUGGCCAGAACCGACAACUCAUUUUCCAGGAUGCUGGGGCUCAUUUCUUCGGAAUCGACGUGGACUCUCAGUAUAUUUAUGUGUCCGACUGGACCAAAGAUGGAGUUGAACGAUUGUUAAAGGACGGAACAGGUGAAACCCCUGUCGGGCCCCCAUCCUUUGGUAAAUUGAAUGGUGUUGCACUCUAUCAUCAAGGGGGAUAAUCUACAAUAACACUGCACUAGUCGCUUUUCCAGGCAUUGUUCUGUUCGAUGAAUGGAUUUUUUUCAAGAAAUAUAACUAUAUCAAAAUAAAUGAUAUGUAUUGAUGAUUUUAUUAAAUAUUAAAAUGAAUGUAUGUCGACAUAAUAUUUUACAUAUAUUAAAGUCUAUAAACUUC